GUUGAUCCAAACAAGAGUAGAUCAUUUCUAUUGGUGGUUGCUAGAAAGCGACGACCUUCCCUUUACAGCGAGCCAAUGAACCGCAGGAAAACUCGUCGCAUCUCACACUCACAGAGGAGGGGUGCACCAUCAGAAGGCCAAUGGAGACAAAGAGAAAAUGAGCAACAGCAAAGUGAAGGCAAAGCGCAGGUAGGAGAGGUCCACAAGGAGAAGCAGAAACCCAGACAGCAUGAAGAGGGAACAGUGCCGAAGGGGACCUGCCAAACGAUGUGCCCUGCCCAGGAGCUGCGGAAUCGUGAGGCUCAGAACCGCCUUCACCAUUUUGAAAUGUUAGCAGGCACAGAGAAAGAUCGGCGGCCAAAAGCAGACCCCUCUCGUGCUGUUAAGGAGUAUUCCAGACCUGCAGCUGGGAAAGACGCGACAAAACCCAGUGACCUCCGACCACCUCCUGUGCUACUGAAAACUGUUAACUACCUUAUUGAUGACAUUGCAGCUGCCCCUAGCCUGCAUCCAUGGACUGAGGUGUAUAGCUUUGUCUUUGACCGUCUGCGUGCUGUGAAGCAGGAUAUGAUCAUUCAGAGGGUGUCUGGAUUGGACUGCGUGGUCAUUUUAGAGCGGACUGUUCGUUUCCUCAUCUAUGCCUCUUUUCGUCUUUGUGGGGAGCCACUGCGGCUCUACGACCCACGGAUCAACGACACGCACUUGCAGGAAUACCUCAGCUGGCUGUUGGAUUGCUACGCGACCGAAACAGGACCUCACCCCAACCAGGAAGAGUUCCAGUCGCUCAGUUUGCUGUACAACUUGGGUUCACCUCGUGCUACGCAGCACAUCAUGCAGCUCCCAUUGCGGCUGCGCAGCACUCCUUCCAUCAAACUCGCUCUUUCCAUCAACCAAGCUUACCUCGAGCGAAACCCUGUACGCUUGCUUCGGUCGGCUCAAAAGCUGAACUUCCUGCAGACCUGCGCGCUGCACCGUCACCUAGCAACAUGCCAUCGAGAUCUACUGCUCUUAUACAGCCACGGAUACAGCAGCCGCAACUGUCGCUUUCCUCUUGACAGACUGGCUGAGCUUUUGUUCUUGGACACAUCACUUACAGCUCAACUGUGCCGGGCAUAUGGAGUUGAGGUUAACCAGGACAAUCAAGUAGUAUUCUCCAAAACUGCUUUCAAGGAUCCAGAACAAGGGAAACUGCGCUGUAUGCUGUAUCACAGCAGAACGUCUGAAAAACAGAGACCUCACUGUUGAGAAUAUUAUUCAGUGAUAUGCUUGAGUUCAUAUUUGUUCAUAGUUGUAUUUUAAGAAAGAAAUUCAGACGGUCACUAAGCAGAUGGCUUUGAAUUCUGUUACAAUGUGAUUUACUUUUAGAUUGCUACAAAUCUCAUGUUUUCCUUUGAUAUUUUUACGAGAAAAAUUUGAAAAUUCAAUGGUGCAGCUGUUCACUCAUUGUCAUCAAUGCAUUUCUUGGAAUCAUUUCAAUAAAUUUGGUUGCAGUAGAAAUACAGUGGGAUCAGAAGUUUACAUACAGUCAUCGUGGACAUGAAUGUUAAUGUAAUUCUGGGCUUUUAUUGAUUUCUUUGAGCUGUUCUUGUUCCAGGGUGGAAUGAUGGUUAUACAGCGUACACCAUUUAAUGACUUUACAAAACAUGAAUUUGG